AUGUCUUUCUCCAAUGCCAAUACCGGUGAUGCCCCCGCCGACCCUUACAAGACGGCAAACGCCGAUGAGGUUCCCCUCCAGACCAAGAUCGAGGAUCUUGUCAACUUCAUCACCAAGGAGAAGUUUGGCAUGAUGACCACUCGUGGUUCUGGCUCUGGCAACCUGGUCUCCCGCUGCAUGGCGCUGGCCGCCACCGAGACUGGAGGCAUUGACCUUCUCUUCCACACCAACACUGAGUCUGGCAAGACCGACGAUCUCGAUGCUGACCCUCACGUCAACGUUUCCUUCAUCAACGCCUCUGGAGAGUGGGCUUCCAUCGCUGGAAACGCCAGCAUCAGCACAGAUCGCAGCCUUGUUGCUAAGCACUACAGCCCAACCCUCAAGGCUUGGCUCGGUGACCUUGGCGACGGUGUUCACGACGGAUCUGAGAAUGAUCCCCGUAUCGGUGUUAUCCGUGUCAAGGCCGUCUCUUCAACAUAUUCGCUUGUCUCGAAGAACCUGCUGAGCCGCGUUGCCGACAUUGCUUCCAGCACUGUCACCGGCAAGCCUGCCUCGCCCAACACUUUGAGGGAGAUUUCGGAGGGAGAUGUGCGCUCGUGGCGCGCUUCGCGAGAGUAA